AUGAACUGGUCUACAUUGGAGGGACUCCUCGGUGGGGUCAACAAGUAUUCCACCGCGUUUGGCCGGAUCUGGCUCUCCAUGGUCUUUAUCUUCCGGGUGUUAGUGUUCUUGGUCGCGGCCCAGCCAGUGUGGGGCGACGAAAUCAAGGACUUUAUUUGCAACACGGCCCAGCCGGGCUGCACUAACGUGUGCUACGACUACAUCUUCCCCAUCUCCCACGUCCGCCUGUGGGCCCUGCAGCUCAUCUUCGUCACCUGUCCGUCGCUGAUGGUGCUAGGGCACGUCUAUUAUCGCGAGAAGAAGAACUUGGAGUACACCACCACGCACAAUGGCGGCCAUCUGUACGCCAACCCUGGGAAGAAACGUGGGGGGCUGUGGUGGACAUACCUGGCAAGUCUGAUUAUCAAGGCAGGCCUUGACGCUGGCUUCCUCUACAUGCUGCACUACGUUUAUGAAGGCUACGACAUGCCCCGUCUGUCCAAGUGCUCCCUGGAGCCGUGCCCCAACACGGUGAACUGCUACACAUCACGUCCCACUGAGAAGAAGAUCUUCACCAUGUUCAUGGUCAUCUCCUCUGCUUUGUGCAUCUUAAUGUGCAUCUGUGAGAUAGUUUACCUCAUCGGCAAAAGCAUUCAGAAACUCGUUAGUAAGAAGAAGUCAGAUUUCAGAUCCAAAAAAUCGACCAGAGUGGAUCCUACAGUCUCUAUCCAAAACCUCAGUAACAUGGCCGAUGAGUGGCCAUCUAAGAAAGAAUGAUGUGGAAUAUGACAGCGGCCAUGUUGAAAAACUGAACAAAGUGCUGAAGGGGCCACUGCGAGCAAAUGCAUUCA